AUGGCCGAGGAAGAGGAGGACAGUGCUAACGACGGCUUUGGAGCGGACGUCACCGAACACGACGAAGAGGGCGAUCAGCAGCAACCCUGGAACAACGAGUUCCCGCCAGCGACGCGCAACGUUCUGCUCACGGCACGACCUCAAGUGUUCGCCACCUUCCAGCUGCUGACGCUGGUGGCCGUAGCCGCGUACGCCUACUGGAACCCCAAGCCCCGGCGGUUGGCCCUGCAGAUGAGCUGCGCCAGCCUGGACUGCUUCAACGUGCAAGCCGAGCUGCACUCCUCCAUGGACCUGAGCGCCGAACCGUGCGACGACUUCUACCAGUACGUGUGCGGACACUGGGCCGAGGGCCACCCGCGGUACCAGGACCAGUUCCGCUACCUGGAGGCGAAGGUGUACAUGAAGGCGAACGACAGGCUGCGCGAACGUUUCGAGCACCUGCUGGAGCCGAGCAAGCCGCUGAGCACGUCCGACAAGGCCGUCCUGAGCUACGUGGCCUGCGCCGAGGUGCUGCGCCGGAGCAUCGACGCGCCCUGGCUCAUCGACAGCUUGCUGUUCAUGGGAGAAGACAAGCCGGGUCACUUCCUCGCCACUUCCGGAAGCAAGAACGCUUCGGCCGAGGCGCUCGCCACCCUCGUCUCGCUGGCAAUGGACUACGACCUGGACUUGCUGUUCGAGGUCGUCCUCACUCCAGAUUCCAAGUCUCAGGGCCGGAGCGUGGUGAGCGUGGGCCACAGUGCGUCCCUGCUGCGUUGGAAGAGGCACCGGGAGCGCUACCUGACGGCCGAGUCGACGGCUCGCUGCGUGCGCCAGUUCGUGAGCGUGAUGACGUGCGACUGCAACCGGGAUCCGGGCCUGACGGCCGCGCUGGUCGCCAUGGAUGCCCAGGUGACCGCCAAGAUGGCCGUCUCCGCCGCUACUUCCGCCGGAAGGGGUGCGCGCUUGCGGUUCCGCGACGUUCCUUCCGCCUACGCUGGCGUCUGGCUGCGCGCGGUUCGUGACAACCUGCGGGCGGCGGUUGAGAGUGGCGAUGAGGACGACGGAAGCGCCAAUGAGCCCACCCCAAUGCCUUCGGGCACCGGAGGACUCGGCGGCCGCCAACCUUGGAACCUGACCGGCAACAGCGUCUUGUACGCGUCGGACCCGAGGCUGUUCAGUCUGGUGGACGAGAUGCUGACCCUGCACCCGGAGUCACACGUGCGAUUUUACAUCGCCUUCCAGGUUGUGCGCGCCCUGGCCCCGUUCGCGUCGUACCGCCUCACCGAGUCCCUGUUCAGCGACGACAACGCGACGGCCGUGUACCUGUACGUCGCGGACGCGUGCACGGCUGCCGCCAGCAAACUCACUUCGUUCGCCCUGGCCACCGUCGUGUUCCAGCACGUGCUGUCGGAGCGCCGGGUGAAGCUCGCUUACGAACAGGUGGACGCACUGCGCAACGAAACGAUGGCGUCCCUGUCGUGGCUCGAGGAAAGCGAGCAAGAGGCGGCUCGCAAGCGGUUGUCGUCUCUACGCUCGCUGGUCGCCUGGCCCGAAUGGCUCAACUCGAGCGACGCCCUGGACGCGUACUUCGCUGGCAUGCCAGACUUCCGCGGCUACUACGUCGAAGUCUACCUGGACUCCGUCAAGGCGCUCAGGAAGCGGCAAAAAGCGCGACUGCUACUUCCGCGUGCGGCCGGUGUCAGAGGGGAUAACGUCACGGGACUUCUCGCCGGGGGCCCCGAAGAAGGCGCGCACAUUCAAGGAUUCAGGCCGUCGGUGCGGUACAGCGCCUGGCUCGACAGCCUGUUCAUCUCGCCCGGGACGCUGUUCGAGCCGGUCCUCUUCGCCGCCGACAGUGACAACCAGUCGGUGAGCGGCGACGGUGGAGACAACGCCACGGCGUCCGCGUCGAGCGUGGUGAUGGCUCUGGCCCUGGCCGGGCUCGGGCACCUCGUGGCGCACGAAUUGUGGCACGCCGCCCUAGGCGAGCGCACCGUGGGCAUCUCGCCAGAACCGGACAUCACGCUGACCGGAGCUCGUGUCCGCAGGCAUGCCUGUCUCACCGACGUGUACAGAGGGGCCGCUGGCGUUGCCGGCGCUGGGCCCGAAACGCGUGCCAUCGCUUCGCGGAUCGCCAGUGCCGCGUCUGAGAACCUGGCCGACGUUGCCGGACUGCAGGUGGCGUAUGCGGCGUACACUGCUUCUUCGGGCGUUCUCGGGGCAGCCGCCGCGAAGAACGAGACCAAGGCGGGUAAUGCCACCGAGCCGGCCUCCUGGAUCUCCCGCGUCACGGGCUUCACGGAGCGCGAGCUGUUCUUCAUCGCCUCCUGCUUCAAGUGGUGCGCGUCCGUCGCGGACGAAGUGGUGCCGGGAUCGUUGGGUUUCACGCCCGCGCGGUUGCGCUGCGACGUCCCGGCGGCGCUGACCGGCGGCUUCGCCGAGACGUUCGGCUGCAGCAAGGAGCACCGAAUGUCCCGCAUCGCCGCCAACUACUCGUGCGCCUCGCCCGGGGAACCAAUCGUGCCUCCGGUCCGGGUGCCGGGUUCCGCAGGAACCGAGUUUUCCGUCGCCGUCAGCGGUGACGGAAAAGCGACGACACCUUGACGAUACUUUCUUCGAAGGGUCGGGGUCGGCGUUUUAGUUAGAAGUUAUUUAUUUGUUUUUGUUAUACUGAUUGCCGAAUCGCUACAAAGGCACAUCAUCAAUGUAAAUCAAUGCUGCAAUAUUCAGACACAACCGAUCUCAAACGCUUGCGUCUUUUUUGUAGAGAAUGGACCAGAAUAGGGCAAAUGUCAAGGCACUGUUUACGCAAGUUCUAAAUAUCAACGCGGCUACACUAUAACAAAAAUACAGAACAGUCUAACGUUUCAAUAAAGGUACAAGCUCAAAACAACCGUCCGAACCAUAUCACUGACGAUAAGGCGCUCCUGCGCCUACAUCACCGCGUACGUUUCCCGGUAAACAUCACUGUUGCGAGAUCUACCGCGGCGACGGCAGCUUGACUGGCGCACACCAAGCAGUGAGUGACGCAACUACUCGUUAGUAAGUAAAACAACAACCCGCCUAGCAACUGAUUUGUGUUGUGGCAGUGCUAUGGGAAGAUAGGACGAUUCCUUCGGCUCUGAAAUCAUUUACUGCAACAGCAUCAUUGUCCUUGGAGAUCACCAUCUAAUUUUGCUUGUCUGCUUUUUUUCUGGAAUAAUUACGCUCACCUAUUACGGAGGGCCCAGUGCAAGAUAAUUAUGGAGUUUGAUUUACUCGAAUGAUUCAUAAUUUGAGAGAUUACAAUCAACACAUUGAAGAGAUCAGCGGCCACAAAUCGUGUUUGUUCCUGUAUGAAAGAAAUUGCACGUCAUAUUAUUUGUGUUCUUAAGUCUCCAUAAUUAGGUUUUUUUGUCGCUAAGCACGUAAGCGCCACUAGAAAAGAAAGAGAACACGUUUCAAUCACUGCAUUUAGAAGAACGGAAUCGACCAAUUCAGCCACUCAAGGUGUGGGAAUGGCCUAUUUGUCCCCAUUCCGAGGAGUUAAAAGGAGUGGAAUUACGGUGAUGAUCACUCUCCGGAAUGGAGUAGGAAUUGAAUGGAGGGGCUCCACUCCGCAACCCUAGUAGACAACGAUUAUGCGGCGAAACAUUCGCAACAUUCACAGCACUCACUCAGCAUCCGCAGCAUCUAUUGGGAACGUCGAUCUAACAUGCAGCUUGAAACGUUAAAGGCCGCGCACGAUUUAUUCGCGGCCAAUGAAACGAGCUAGUCUGUGCUACGUGUAGCACAGGUGA